AUGGCUGUGACACAUGAUGAUCUUGCACCUAGUCGUCGCAGAGGGACUGAUAUCGGUAGCAAAACAAGUGUUGUUUUAAUGGUUUUCUCGCUACUCCUUGGCUUGCUUUGCUUUGUUCUCUGUCUUAUUGCUGAGGCAAAACGCUCUCAGCUUAGUAAGACCAUUACUCUUAGGCGGUUAUUGUUUGGUGUUCAUGUUGACGGAUCAUGUUUAUAUGGUAAUGAACUAGACCCAAAUUUAAUCUCAUUUGAGGCGUCGAAAAACAUUAAGCCGCCACUGAACACAACAUGGAAUGGUGAACAUAUAGUUUUUCGAUAUCAAAAGCUGUUGGUUGAAGUUGAGACUUUAAAUAAGGCUAAAUUUCUACAGAUAAUACGCGAGGUGAGUGACGGUGGUGGAGGGGAUACUGCAAAGACUGAAUGCAGAUAUAGCGGCAAUGGGAAGAUACCAUUAAUUUGUGCAGCCGGUGCAUUUUUGUCCCUCGCAGUUGCUAUGGUGCUACAACACACACACUUGUUACUCUCGGUUAGUAAAUCAGACCCUGACCCAAGUCAACUUUUGACUUGGGAUCCUGAUCAUCUCAAAAGUCUGUCAUGGCAAGCAGGAUUUUUCUUCAUUACCACUUGGAUAUGUUUCUCAGUGGCAGAAAUUUUGUUGUUGAUUGGGCUAAGUGUCGAAUCAGGGCACUUAAAAGGAUGGUCGACUUCAAGGACCAGAUGUUUCAUAGCUCGAGAGGGUUUAUUCUCUGCAGCUGGGGUAUUGGGGAUUACAACGGUCUUUCUUGCUGCAGGCUUGUCGAUAACUGCUUUACGCGCACAAUGGCUAUUACAAGAUCAAGAAAAUGUUCGCCGAGAGGUUAUAGAAACCUCGAUCCUUUAUGCAUCACCACCAAGAAUGUCUGAAGAUCGAAUCAGGGCUGUCCGUGGUGAAGCUCCCAUUGCUAGACAUGAUCUAUACCAUGAGCCUGGACUAAUUGAGUAUCUAAGGGCUUUUGAUAAAAUUAUUUAACUUAUAUUUUUUGAAACUUAAUUGAGAGUUAACAUAUUCCUAAUGAGUAUGGAAAAAACAGAAUAAGUGUAUAAAUCUUUUCUGAACUACUUUUUGAGGCCAUGGGGCAU